CUCCUCCAUGUGAUAUCCUUUUUGAUAUUCAGACCUUCUUUUCUCCCAGGGAAACAUCUCCAGAUCUUCAGCUGCUCCUCAAAGGGCUUCAUGGCUUCCAGGCCAAACGAACCCAGCUGCAGGGGCUCAAGACUGGCCGCCUCCCAUAGAGAGAGAAAUAGACAGAGCAAAGAUGGAGCCCUGGCUGGGAGUGCAGGAGCAGCUUGAAGCCCUGGGACGUUCCCUGCGUGGCCUGGUGGCCCUGAUCCUCUCGUGUCUUCUCCUCCUCCUCCUCCUGAGUUGCUCCUUCCUCCUCGGAUGGCGGCCACGUCCCAGGGGAGCCCGUAUCUCAGGAGAACCUUCUCCGCAGCUUCUUCAAGUAGUUCCGCACAAAACUAGGAACGGGGCCACCACCAAGCAGGCCCUGCAACCGUCCAGAAGAGGGUCUUCAGCCUAUCCAAUGGCCGCUUCAUGCUGCAUGACCCACGGAUGUAGGGGGAAGACCCUACACCCAAAGAGGCACGGGCAGGGAACAGUGGCCUCCUCCAGUGACGUUGCCUUGGUGCCCCCCAACUCUCCCGUCACCACCUCCGGGACUGGGGGUCUUCCGGACGGAGCCUUUGCCGGCAGCUGCUUCACCAGCACCCAGGAGAAGGUCCGGGGCCCUACCACCACCUGUUCUGAUCGGGUGCCUUUUGAAUACAGCAGUAGCAUCCGGGGUGAAGGGCCUUCGAGGGCCCCGUUCACUUCUGGAAACUUCACGGCGACUCCAGGGCCAGGUCUGGACACAGAUUUCGGAGCCAGUGCUGGUGUCUCUGUCCGGAUCCUGUCGUCGGACGGUGAUGGAAGCCCUGACACGUCUCUCUUUCCCCGACGGCUGUCCGGACGCUUUGAGUGGGACUAUUACGACCCCAGCUUCGAGAGGAAAAGCCAAGCCCACCCCCAGCCCCCUCCCAUCAGCAGCAAGCAAUACUGGCUGUAGCCUCAACGGAGUGCGGAUGGGAUCGAAAGAGACGCCAGUCCUGUUUCCCGUCUGGCGAGGAGUCCUGUGCCUCCAUCUGUUGCCUUUGACUGCUCAAGGAAACAUUCCCUGUCCCUCUUGAAUGUCUCCGAUUUGGAACUAGUCUUUUUCACACCCCAUGAAACACAUCGAUCGAUGCUUGGCUGCAAGCCUUUCGUGUACACACAUGGUGUCGGCAUCAACGCACAACAGUUUAGCCCAUCCACUAUGUUCCCUCCAAGCAAAGGAACUGCUUCACCAACACAAGGCACAGAUAGAGAAUCCAUACCUUCACCUUGGAUUGCCCACCUGAUAAAGAAGCUGUGUCUUAAGUUGAAUUAUUGGGACUUUGUCACUCUCACGUACUCGGUUGCACUUUAUUUGCACAAUGGACUCUUGUCUCCACGAAAGUGGGUGGAUGGGAGGGAAACAGCUUCCAUGUACCAGGUUUGAUUUCUGUCCUCUUGAGUUUGCACGUAUUAAAAGAUGCUGGAAGUUU